AUGCCUAGCCAUACCGUAGCUAGUGCCUUAAUCAAACUCUUCUUCCAAAACGGCUCUCCGUGGCAAUGGUCGACUUGGCAGGACCGUACAGGGAUCAAAUACGGACUUUUUCCUGAAGAGGACGAACAUCUUCCCGAAGGUUGGACGAGAGACACAGCGGAUGCGAUUUAUUCUUAUUUCAAAGCUUACGAUGCUCUUGACACGGAAGAUCGCAAGAUCAAAUUCGCUCGAAGCACGAAAGGUGCUACUGCACACCCUGGUCGUAAACUGUGGGCAGACUGGGUGACUAAAAGCUGGAGAAAGUGGGACAUACACCGUGCCAUCACAGAAGGUCUACACAAGUCGUCUGUUCACCCCAUCACCGUUCUCCUGAACGAAGGCAGCAUAAAUGCGACCUGGCCAAAUGCAGACUUCUACGUAUCCUGCGCCUUGGACAAUGUGGGAUUCGCUCUUUUUGGCACGGAGGUGUUCCCGACAGAAGCCUUCGUCCUUCCGAUCGAUUUGAGAAGGCCGGUGACCAUAUUUAUACAGCAUUCUUGGGAUAUCAUCCGUCGCCACGUUGUAAGAGAUCGCAUUCGGCUUCCAAAACUCGAAGAGGCUGCAGUGAACUCUUUUGAAGCGCUCAAUAAGGGUAAACCCACAAAAGCAAAAAUAACGCACACCAUUCGAACUGUGGCCAAAUGGAAGGAGGUCGCUGAUGUUUAUGGGACCGCAGAGAAUACGACAAAGGCCAUAGAGCUACUGGACCGCCUAAAUGAAAUUCUGUCCGCAAUGGGAGCUCAAGUGGCACCACGGAAAGAGGGGACGAAGGCUCGGCUCUCCAAAGGCAAAGAAAAAUCGUUCAAGGAACUCGCCACAGCAGGGGAUCUCAGAGAUCUCAUGGACGUAUAUCAACAGUACUUUCAGUCACCAGAAGACGAUGAUGAUCGACGUCCUCUGAUCGACCAGACUGUUCAACUAUCUUUCAAGUUUCGAGACGUCGAGGGCGGUGACCUAGGCAUGGAAAUGGAGAGCGACAUGAGACCAGAAUUGUUGGCUGCAAGUCUUGGUUUCUUACGACAACGUUUACCGCAUCAGUUCAACACUCUACGAUCCAUGAAUGGGGUUACUCCGUGGGAUAAACCAACGCAAUUUGAGACAGAGGCUGAUAACCGUCGAAAUCUUCACCCACUAUCUCUGCAUUGGCACCAACUAGCAGGAAUUCACUCCAUCGUCCGCAGCGUCUUUACCAAAACUGCUGUAGCAGACCAUUGUACUGGCGUUCUAGUGGCUGACGAAGUUGGGCUAGGAAAAACUGCCCAAUGUCUUAGUUUAAUCGCUUUCUUGAACCAGGCUGUCAUGAUCCAGAAGCACAAACAACCAUACGAAAUGCCGCCGAUCUUAAAAACAUUCAAGUUCCUUAAAGGCCAAGAACAAAUCGAACCUUUACCGCAUCUCAUAAUUACUCCCGGUACUCUGCGGUCGCAAUGGCGUAAUGAGAUCCAGACCCUGUUCAGGCCAAGGAGCCUCGAUAUCUUUUUCUACGAUUGCCCAAAAACUGGCAAUGCUGCAUUUUGGAGCCCGACUGGAGCAUUCCAUAGUUCAAAGCAAGAGCCCCAGAAUAAAAUUAUUCUUACAACGCACUCGUCGCUACAAAACGACUACUCAAGAAUUAGCAGACAAAGUCUAGAAAGAGGUGUACUGACCUCACGGCCUUGGCAGCUCCCCGAACAGACUCAUGACGGCUCAGGAACUCUUUUCAACCAAAAGUUCCUAACGGUCACUAUAGAUGAAGCCCACGAAAUGCGAAAUGUGGGCAUCAAGUACUUCGCAGGAAUGCGAGCGCUCCAACUUGGCGCUGUCAAGCUUGUCCUAACCGCGACUCCUCUAUUGACCUCUUCGAAGGAUUUGUCCAGCUUAGCGCGUCUGAUUGGAAUUCCCCAUUUCAUGACCAAGGACUCUGCGGAAGAGGCUAAAGAAGAUGCGGCUGCUAUACGGAAGGCAAAGAAAGUAGAGGACGACGGAUUGACUUUACAGCAGGUUCAAAUUCGGGCAGUACGGAGAAUACAGGCCCAGUUCUUGGGCCAUGUCCUUAGACGAACAAUCGACUCCCGAGACUGGUCUGGAAAAAGACUGCUGGACCUUCCCCCAUUCAAAACUAUAGUGGGAGUCCUCACUCUUAGUGAUCGCGAAAUGGAAAUCCUAGUUCAACGUCAACAAGAUGCCCAGGCUAGUGCGUCCACAGGAAACGAAGCCGGAAAAUUCACAACACGCAAAUUUUACAUGGAAUAUCGUCUCACUCUCUGCUUCCCGAAAACUGACCCCGGCAGUCCAAAUCCUGAUUUCGAGUCUAUAGACCAGUGGAAUAGGAUUAAGUCCACGAAAAUGGACGUUUGUGCACAGAUUUGUCAACACUACCUCCUUGAUGAUGAUGUCCCAGAUGUGGAAUUUAUCGACGGAAAGCCAGUUUUUCCCAAAUUGAAACCGUCGGAUGGCCCGAAAGGUCGUUCGAAAACCCGGAAAAUUCUCAUAUACUCUGAGUUUCCUUCUAUGACCUCGUUGCUUGUCAAAGUCUUGGAUAUUUAUGACGUUCAAUGCUUCACCAUUGAUGGAAAUGACUCGUUUGAUAAACGGGCCAACGUUGUUGCUGCAUUCCAGCAAGAUGGUGGGCCUCGAGUGCUUAUCUUUUCUAGCGUUGGGACGGUUGGUCUCAACCUGUCCAUUGCCGAUGUUGUUAUAUUCUUUGAUCAACCUUGGUCUGCCCAGGAUGAACGUCAAAUUCGUGGCCGUGCGCACCGACAGCCGCAAUCAAAAGUCGUCAGAGUUAUCCAUCUUCUUGCGAACGAUUCAUCAGAUAUAAUAAUCUAUAACAUUUCACGAGGAAAGGAGCAUCUGUUUGAUGCAUUCCUCAACAAGCAAUUAGGCCAGGAUCUCACUGACUCUCUCAGUGGGAAGUUAAUCGUUGAAGAUGAGUUAGAAGACUCGGCGAUCGAUGCAGAAGAAGAAGUAGAGGGUAGCAAAAACAGAAGGCGAGUCAAAGGAUCCAAGGCCAAAGCCAAGCAUGCUCCUCAAGUCGAGCAAAAUGAGCGAAGUAAGACAAGGGGAACGAAUGAAGUCCUUGCAACGAAUGAAGGCAACUCGGAAGUAGCUGAAGAAAGGGUGACUCGGAAUACAAAUGAUGACAAGAAGGCUGAUCGUGAUGAUACUCCCAUCUACUCAGACGGGAAUCAGAAGCGGAAUCGGGUUGGGACUACUGAACAGGACGAAGAAGUUCGCUCUUCCGGGGCCCAGGUUAACGACACCGAUGCCAGCGGGGCUCAAAGUUUCAUUGACGAGACGGAUAGUGGAUGGACAAGUCGCGUUGAAACAGAUGACACCGACGGAAAUGGUUUCAGAGACGCCACUUCCGAAGCAGAGAAUGCAACAGAUCCUGCAGAGGCUGAAGAUAAUCUGGAAGACCAAGACGAUACUGAAGAUUUCUUUGCCGCCGCAGUUACCACCAACUCUUCGGGGUUCGAUUUGCUUGCAUCCAAUCGAAAAAAAUCAACAAAAAGGAACCGAGGUACCGCGGCUGCUUCCAGCUCGGUGGAAGAAAACCUCCCAAUCACUGCCGUAUCACCUAUACCUUCAACGAAUUAUGCUAACACAACCCCGCUGCAUGGAAUCGCAGUCCGAAAGGGCUCCAUACCUAGCACGCCUCCUUUGAAACGAAAGAAAGCGGAAUCUCGCUCUGAUCUUGACGGUAUAGAGAUAUCUGAAGUAUCCCCCGCCUUGAGCAAACGACACCGCCGGGCGGACACAGAAAGCCCUUCAAGAAUCCCGACGAAGGCAAAGCACAGGUUUAUAGAUUUGAACACGUUGAACCCUUCCACUCACGAUUCUCAGUCUCACUCAAGCAGGAGGAGCAAACCAGUCGUCGAGGCCGUACCAUUGCCACACCCUAAAAUAUCGAAGUCGAAAAGAAACACUUCCCAAACGUCUAUGCCUGCCCCUGCUUCUGCACGGCCGCAGCAGAAGACAUUUGAAGUGACUUCGAAGCCCGAAAGGAACAGUUAUUUUACUCCUGCCCCUAUUCGUCCACAGCAGAAUAAUACAUUUGCUCGUCCUCGUCGAGCUGAAGAUGGAAACAACGGCCAUGAGAAAGUGAAUGUCAAUAAAGUCACUCGCGGAAUUCAGGAAGAGAAUAGUCGUGGCUCACAGGGAUCUUCGAGUAGUAUUGUCAUUCAUGAAUCCGUUGCGGAAGCGUCCUCCAACAAAUCUCCGGCACCGUCUCCUGCCCGCACUACUGUUCCACAAUCUAGCAGAAGUCACUCUGUCGCAUCUUCUUCACGUAGAAUUGACACGGAUGAAUCCAAUGCGAAGGCGUCUUCCAGCAGAAUUGCGGCCUCAUCUUCUGUUCGUACUGCUGUUGCUACGUCUAGCCGAAGCCACUCUUUUGCACCUUCUUCAAUCAGAACUCCUAUGCAUGAAUCCGAUGCCGAAGUGUCCUCCAACAAAACUCCGCCCUUAUCUCCUGCCCGCACUGCUGUUCCAACGUAUAGCAGAAGUCACUCUUUCGUACCUUCUUCACGGAGAAUUGACACGCGUGAAUCCAAUGCGAAAGCGUCUUCCAGUAAAAUUGCGGCCUCAUCUUCAGUUCGCACCGCCGUUGCUACAUCUAGCCGAAACAACUCUUUCGCGGCUUUGAACCGCAAUAUCUUUGCAACUCCCCCGAACAGUCGGGCCACAAAACACCCGCGGAUUGAGGAUGAAUCUGACGAAGAUGAUCAGAGCCCUCCCAGACACAUCACAAAAACUACAAAGUCUUCGACCAGGAAAUAA